ACACGGAGUGGUAUGAUACAUACAUACUAACAUUUGUAUAGCGCCGAUAUCCAGCUAAGCUCAGCUGCUCAAAGGCGCUUUGUUUUUCCCUCGUUCGUUUUGCAUGAUGGGCAUGCAUAGAGACUAAGACCGUGUGGUUUUCCUUCUGUCCACAAUAAAUACGUGCACGCUUGAAAGGAAUCCAGGUUCAAUUGUAUGUGCCUAAAGUCAAUACGUAGUCACGCCCAGGUCGUCCUGCACCUGCUCUCAUGUGAAUACAAAUACAGGUAGCAUUCGAUCACGUGACCAGCUUUCACCUUUGGACUCCUUUAGAGGUGCAUCUGAUCAGACGAGGUGUAAGAGGUAUGAGUCCAAACAGAUGGAAAUACUUUCGAUGGCUUGCAAUCGCGACAGUAUUCUUCACACAACCCACGCUCAACCCGGCUGCCGACUUCCCUGAAGAAGAUGAAUAUCAGAUUGCGGUCUUUACAUCCCUGUACCGGAAGUAUUCGUCAGAAGUUGACCUGUUGUCAGAGGACGCUUUGAAUUCUGACCUACUCCCUUCAGAGACCAACCUUCAACAGGAGCGAGAGAAGCGAGAUGUUCAGUCUUCAGGUGAUGAUGUCGACGAAUGUCUGGAUCCGGACCUCAACACGUGUCUACAGAACUGCACAAACACAGAUGGAGGAUUCAACUGCACCUGUUUUGAGGGCUACGAGGAGGAGGGUAACAACUGCACGGAUGUCGACGAAUGUCUGGAUCCGGACCUCAACACGUGUCUACAGAACUGCACAAACACAGAUGGAGGAUUCAACUGCACCUGUUUUGAGGGCUACGAGGAGGAGGGUAACAACUGCACGGGGAAUAAAUGGGGUCCAGAUCAAGUCACAUCCAGGGAAAGAUGUAAGAAGAUAGCAAAACAUAAAAUCACAAUGUCGUGUGAUCGAAUUCCAAUGAACAAGUGAGGAUUCUGUAGCACGCGAACAUGUUAAAGGAAUCUAUGGGUUCUGGGAGAGGGCUACUGGCCGUGUUGCAAGACAUAUUGGGCAUACGGACAGGGUACAUUUUGGCCUGGUUCGAUGUGAAUAGUAAGCCUUAGUCUGUUUGCAUGCUGAAAGUGGUUGAAUUGCCAAAAUGUACACAUGGAAUAAAGUAUCGCAACCGCCGUUGUUUUUGACGAUCCGACAAAUCUGAAUGGACAACGGUACGCCAUUGACAUCUCAGAUAGGGUUGUACCACAUUUCGAUAACCAUCCUCUACAAGACCAGCCUUCAUGAGAAGCAAUGUUUUGUCACAUCGUGCGUGCUCUUGCCGUUGGUGAUUUCUUACAUCAAGAGGCGGUAGCAACUCUAACUUGGCCCACCAAAUCUCAAUGCUAUAGAGCAUGUUUUGGACAUUAUGGAUCGCACGCCUGAAAGAUCCUACUACAGUACAAUAUCCUAGUGUAAUGGAAGAAGCCUUCCACCAA